UUUCGUGUAAGACAGCGGAUGACAUUGUGAAGUGUGAAUAUUUAUGAUAUGAAAUAAACCGUAGACAGUGUCAGGAAUAAAUUUAUCCCUAUGUGAGUUUGGAAUAGUAAAGAAUUGAAGCAUAAAAGUUAUAAACAAACUCGAUUAAAAAGUCAGUUGUCGGUCAAGGUCAGACAACCCACCAGCAUCCAACUUCCAAGCAUUACUAGCCUGAAGGAAAUUAUAUAAGUUGCCCGAAAUAGUUGAACUGUUGAGGAGCCAGAUAUUAGAUUCACAGCUUAAGACUCAUCCUGCGUGUGUGACAUACGGUUUUACGGACACAUUGUCAGUGUGCGCGUGUGACAGCACAAUGCCAGCAUUAGAGGGCUUGACACCAGGACUGCCCCACCCCCAGGGCCUGUAUGAUCCCACCCUGGAGAGAGAUGCCUGUGGCGUGGGGUUUGUGGUCAAUAUUGACGGCUCUAAAUCCCACAAGGUUUUACGUGAUUCUCAGACAAUGUUGGAGCGCAUGGAACACCGCGGGGCGUGUGGAUGUGACAAUGACUCAGGGGACGGUGCGGGGGUUCUAACCGGAAUCCCGCACAAACUCUACGCCAGAAUCAUGAAGGAAGAGCAGGGGUUUGACCUUCCAGAGCCCGGAAAAUAUGCCACGGGUCUGUUAUUUGUGGACAGAAACCAGAUUGAGGAGGUCAAGGUCAUGUUUACAAAGAUAGCAGAGGACUUCCAACUCAAGGUACUAGCCUGGAGGAACGUACCUGUAGACAGCACUCAAAUUGGACGGGUUGCCAUGACAACAGAACCAGCCAUCAUACAGGUCUUUGUGACAGGAAAUGGUGACAAAGAGCAAUUUCAACGCGAGGUCUACCUGUUGAGAAAAUUCAGUUCUCAUCACAUCCCUAAGCAGAAUCUACGCUUUUACAUCUGUACUCUGUCUACAGAAACCAUUGUAUACAAGGGUCAGCUGAACACAGCCCAGAUCUGGCGGUACUUUCCCGACCUCUCUGACCCGGAGUACGAGACUCACAUCGCCCUUAUACACAGCCGAUUCUCCACCAAUACCUUCCCCAGCUGGGAGAGGUCACACCCCAAAAGGGUGCUGGCUCACAAUGGUGAGAUUAACACUCUGCGGGGGAAUAAGAACCUGAUGCGAGCGCGUGAGGGGGUGAUGCACAGCCACGUGUAUGGGGACCAGCUUCAGAAGCUGUAUCCAGUCGUAGAGGAGGGGAUGUCAGACUCUGGCUGUGUCGACAAUGUACUGGAGUUCCUGUGUAUGGCCGGCGGACGGGAGCUGCCUGAGGCUGUCAUGACAAUGGUUCCUGAGGCCUGGCAGAAUGAUAAAAACAUGUCUGCUGAGAAGAAGGCAUACUACCGCUGGAGCGCCUUCGCUAUGGAACCCUGGGACGGUCCAGCUCUGUUGACUUUCUGUGAUGGUCGUUAUGUGGGAGCUAUUCUGGACAGGAACGGACUGCGACCUUCACGAUUUUACGUCACCAAGGACAACGUGAUGUACAUGGCGAGUGAAGUUGGCGUGAUUGACAUUCCUGCAGCAGAUGUCGUUCAGAAGGGUCGACUGAAGCCUGGCCGUAUGUUACUUGUGGACACGGAGGAGCAGACCUUUAAGAGAGAUGAGGUCAUUAAGCACCACCUAGCCGCCCUCAGACCCGUCUCCAAGUGGCUCCAGGAACAAACGAUGUCACUGGAGGAGAUGAGAAGGUCAUGUGACCCAGCGUCCUUAGCCCCACCCACGUACGAGCUUCGUGAGACGACCCAUGAGAGCUGGCUACAGAAGGACCCCAGGAUCUCCCUGUUUGGGUAUACACUGGAGAUCAUUAACCUGCUGGUCUUACCUAUGGUCAAAGACAGGAAGGAAGCCCUAGGUUCUAUGGGUAAUGACGCCCCCCUGGCCUGCCUGUCUAAGUUUAACCCUCUGAUCUUCGACUACUUCAAACAACUAUUUGCCCAGGUCACUAACCCACCCAUUGACCCCUUUAGGGAAAAGAUUGUCAUGUCAUUGGCAUGCCCAGUGGGACCCGAGGCCAACAUCCUGGAACCAAGUGAAGAACAGUGUCAGAGACUCUGGCUGGAACAACCCAUACUAUCACUGACUGACCUCCAGGUGUUAAAGGCCGUCAAUCACAGAGGAUGGAAGAGUAAAGUGAUUGACAUUGUAUUUCCACUGGAGAAGGGAGGAGAUGGGCUUGUUCCGGCUCUACAGAGCGUUUGUCAGCAGGCAGCUGAGGCCGUUACACAAGGAUACAAACUGAUCAUCCUGUCUGAUCGGAAAACAGGCUCUGACACCGUACCAAUACCGUCCCUACUGGCAGGGGGAGCAGUUCACCAUCACCUGAUCGAGCAGAAACUACGACUCAAGGUCGGCAUUGUCAUGGAGACAGGGGAGGCCAGAGAGGUCCAUCACCUGUGUACACUGCUGGGCUAUGGUGUGGAUGCCAUUUGUCCUUACCUUGUGUACGAGACAGUCGCUCGUCUGAGAGGUCAUGGUCUACUGAACCCCCCGCUCUCUGAUGAUGAGGUGUUUGACAGCUACCAGGCCGCCUGUGCCCGCGGAAUCUCCAAGGUCAUGGCCAAAAUGGGAAUAUCCACUCUCCACAGUUACAAGGGGGCACAGAUCUUUGAGGCUCUGGGACUCCAUGACGAGGUGGUUGACAUGUGCUUUAGAGGAACGGCCUCCAGGAUUGGUGGGGUCACAUUCAAAGAACUCGCCACAGAGGUGAUGAAUCGUCACAGCCUGGCGUACAGCGUGCCUGACGUGGACCAGUAUACUGUGAUGAACCCCGGACUGUACCACUGGAGGGACGGGGGGGAACAGCAUAUGAAUGACCCCCUCAGUGUGGCUAACUUACAGGAUGCAGCCAAAAACAACAGUAAGACGGCGUACCAGAAGUUCUCGGAGUCCGCGUGGAGGAGCGCGGUCAGAUGUUCUCUCCGUGGACAGCUGGACUUUACCAGCCGGGACGGACCCAUCGACGUAUCGGAAGUGGAACCUGCUCAGGAAAUCGUCAAACGCUUCUGUACAGGUGCAAUGAGUUUUGGCAGCAUUUCUAUUGAGGCCCACACCAGUCUGGCAGUGGCGAUGAAUCGUAUCGGGGGGAAGUCAAACACGGGGGAGGGGGGAGAAAACGCCGACAGAUACCUCAACGAAGACCCACAGUUCAACAAACGAUCCAAGAUCAAGCAGGUGGCGUCAGGAAGAUUUGGAGUCACAAGUUCAUACCUGACAAACGCUGAUGAACUCCAGAUCAAAAUGGCACAGGGUGCAAAACCGGGCGAGGGGGGUGAACUGCCGGGACACAAGGUGUCUAAAGAUAUCGCCAAAACUCGUCACUCAAUCCCCGGGGUGGGGCUCAUCAGUCCGCCCCCUCAUCACGAUAUCUACUCCAUUGAGGACCUGGCAGAGUUGAUAUAUGACCUGAAAUCCUCCAAUCCUAAUGCUAGGAUCAGUGUAAAACUAGUGUCUGAGGCGGGAGUGGGAAUCAUCGCAGCAGGAGUUGCCAAGGGUAAAGCUGAACACAUCACAAUCUCGGGACACGAUGGAGGUACUGGGGCGAGUUCUUGGACAGGGAUCAAAAAUGCUGGGUUACCAUGGGAACUGGGAAUCGCCGAAACACACCAGAUCUUGGUGAUGAAUGACCUCAGGUCAAGGGUCGUACUACAGGCUGACGGCCAAAUUCGGUCAGGGCGUGAUGUGGUCAUCGCCGCUAUGCUCGGGGCGGAUGAAUACGGAUUUUCCACGGCUCCCCUGAUUGCACUAGGGUGUACCAUGAUGAGGAAGUGUCACCUCAACACCUGUCCUGUAGGCAUAGCAACACAGGACCCAGUUCUCCGGGCUAAGUUUGCCGGUAAACCGGAGUAUGUGGUGAAUUAUCUGUUCCUGCUGGCUGAGGAGAUCCGUGAGAUUCUGGCCAAGCUCGGCUGCCGAAGUCUACAGGAAGUGAUCGGGUGUACGGAGCUCCUUAAGUUUUCUCCUGACCCCCACAACCACAAGGCCAAGCUGCUGGACUUCAAGAUGAUUCUGAAGAACGCCCUGACCCUGAGACCUAACACUAACAUAGUGGGGGGCAGUGUCAGCCAGAUAUUUGACCUUCACAAGCGAUUGGAUUAUAAAGUGUUGGAGAAAUGUCGCGAUGUCAUUGAUGGUAAACAGAAGAGUGUGACACUGGACAUGGACAUCUGUAAUGAAGACCGAACCUUUGGAGCCACUCUCAGCUACUACAUAUCUAAGAAGACAGUGGAGGAUGGUCUACCAGAGGGCAGCAUCAACAUCAGCCUGAAGGGCUCCGGGGGUCAGAGCUUCUGCGCCUUCCUGGCCCGGGGAGUACAUGUCAUCCUAGAAGGGGACGCUAACGAUUACGUAGGAAAGGGUCUGUCUGGAGGAGAGGUGGUCAUCUUCCCCCCUAAGGACUCGGUGUUUAACUCGGUGGACAACAUCAUUGUGGGUAAUGUGGUGCUGUACGGAGCCACGUCAGGGAAGGCAUUCUUCCGAGGACAGACGGCUGAGAGGUUCUGUGUCAGGAACUCAGGGGUCACCGCCGUGUCAGAGGGCUGUGGAGAUCACGGGUGUGAGUACAUGACAGGGGGGCGUGUCCUGAUUCUGGGACUGACCGGUAGAAACUUCGCCGCCGGCAUGUCAGGAGGACUGGCCUUUGUUUAUGACAAACAGAGAGUGUUUGAGUCUAAGUGUAACAAAACGUCAGUAGACCUGGAGAGUUUGGAAUUGUCGGAAGACUGUGAGUUUAUACAGGACCUGCUGAAGGAGUUCCACCUGAAAACGGGAUCUGUACAGGCACUCAACAUCCUAGAGAACUGGGGUCAGGAGAAGCAGUACUUUGUUAAGGUGUUUCCACAGGAGUAUCGGCGGGCUCUGAGAGAGAUGGCUGAGGAAGAAGCCGCCAAGAAAAACCUGAUAAACGGCGUGAUCAAUGGAGAGGAGGAAGGACAGGAUUACGAUGAAGACGAGAUCGAGGAGACGGAGAAAAAAGACACGGGCAAGAGUAAGGUGAUAGAUAUUGAGGAGACAGUUCCUAACGCUACACAAAACCAGAAGAACUUGGAGAAACUAGACAAACUCAGAGGUUUUAUGAAGUACAGUCGAGCCAACUACCAAUACAGAGAUGCCAAAACCAGACAGAAGGACUGGAAGGAAAUCUACAACCAUAAAGUGGUGAAAGACGGACUCAAAGUCCAGGCAGCUAGGUGUAUGGACUGCGGUGUACCGUUCUGUCAGUCACAUGAUGGUUGUCCCCUCAGUAACAUUAUUCCAAAGUGGAACGACCUUGUCUUCAAGGACGAUUGGAAGGAUGCCUUGAAUGAACUUCUACAGACCAACAAUUUCCCAGAAUUCACUGGGAGGGUGUGCCCCGCCCCUUGUGAGGGAGCCUGCGUACUGGGUAUUAACUCUCCGGCCGUCACCAUUAAGAACAUCGAGUGCGCCAUUAUUGACAACGCUUUUGAGAUGGGAUGGAUAAAACCUGAGAUUCCUCACACUCGCACCGGCAAAAAGAUUUCCGUGAUCGGGAGCGGACCAGCGGGGCUAGCCGCAGCCGCCCAGCUUAACAAGGCCGGUCACACAGUGACAGUGUACGAGAGGAACGAUAGAGUAGGGGGUCUACUGAGAUACGGGAUCCCCACGAUGAAGCUGGGCAAAGAUGUGGUACAGAGACGUGUGGACCUGAUGACAGAGGAGGGAAUUACAUUUGUCUGCGGACAGGAAGUGGGGAAAGACUUGUCAGCCGGUAAAAUAAUGGAGGAGAGUGACGCCAUGGUCCUAGCCCUGGGGGCCACCUACCCCCGCGAUCUACCUAUACCAGGGAGGAAUUUGAAUGGUAUUCACUUUGCCAUGAGUUUCCUGGAGACAUGGCAGAAAGUUCAGAGUGGGAACGAGAUGGACUACCUUAAGCUGUAUGCCAAAGACAAAGACGUCGUGAUCAUAGGGGGUGGGGACACGGGGUGUGACUGUAUUGCCACCUCCCUCAGACAGGGAGCCCGGAGUAUAACAUCUUUUGAGAUUCUCCCCCCUCCUCCUCCCACACGGGCGGAUAACAAUCCCUGGCCCACCUGGCCCCGCGUCUUCAAGGUCGAUUACGGACACGAGGAGGUCAAACUUAAGUUUGGAAAAGACCCCAGGAUCUUCAACAUCAAAAGCAAGGAAUUUGUGGAUGAUGGAAAAGGCAAUGUGAGUGGAAUCAAAACAAUGAAAGUGGAAUGGAAGAAAGACGAGGCGGGUCGCUACACAAACAUGUCUGAUGUAGCAGGAUCGGAGGAGUUCAUUAAGUGUGACCUAGUUCUGCUGGCGAUGGGAUUCCUGGGGCCGGAGAAGAAGAUCGUGGACGAACUGAAGGCCAAGCUAGACCCCCGCGGAAAUCUGGAGACCCCCCGAAAUAAGUACUCCACAAGUAUCCCAAAGGUGUACGCUGCUGGAGAUUGUAGGCGUGGCCAAUCACUUGUGGUGUGGGCGAUCUCUGAGGGCCGACAGGCGGCCCGCCAGGUUGACCUUGACCUGAUGGGGUCAACCAGUUUGGCGGGGCCGGGAGGAAUUGUGUAUCAGCCCGAGCAGUGAUUGACAGAGUGGGCGGGGCCAGGACAGGACAGCAAGGGGAGGGAAUCCUCAAAGAGAGGUCACCGUGUACCAACAAAGGGGAAUAACCAGUUGUCAGAAGUUUUCAUUGUCAACAGUUAAACAUUUUGUGAUUCUAAAUAGAAACAUUUAAGUUGUAAAUUUUUUGUGUAAAGCAGGGAGCUUUGAUCAUGUACAUGUAACAGGUGCGAAUCUCAUUGUAAUUGUAUUUGAAAUUUUGUCUUUAUUAGCGCUUAUAGAAAGGUUUAAUAUGAAAAAAUGAUUGAUUAUACAAAGACCUUAUAAAAAUGAUGCAUCUUUUGUCAAUAAUUAUGAAAAUGAUGGAUUGGUUUACAGAAAUUUACUACUUGUCAAAUAUGUUUAGAAAAGUUUACUUCUUACUCCCGCAAGUAUCAUGGUGUCAGUUGUUUGUUGUUAUUCAAAUAAUAGUGUGAUGUUAAUAUUUUUUAUACAUAGUGUAGAUUAUGAAAACAUAUACUUCUCUAUGAAUUUAAUCUUGUUUAAUUUUUAAGAAAUAUAUUUUGUUUAACUUAUAUAUCAAAGUCACUGAAAGUAUGCUGGUAGGGACAGGAGAAGUUGGUGCACGUUGAAUUUGUAAAGAUUUUAUACCAAGAAGAUAGCUUAUAUCCAGUAUUCCUUGUUGUAAAUUUGAAUUGAUACCAUAUAUUAAGCAGAAUUUUCAGUGAGGAUGUAUUUUUUACAUUAUAUUAGUGAGGGUGUUGAGAUCGUUAAAUUUGAAUAUUGCUAAAAAUUCAAUGCAUUUUAUUUUUAAUAGCUUCUUAAGUGAGAUUUUGAAAUCACUAAAAUUACUUCUCGCUAAAAAUAAAAUACCAUUUGUUAAAGACAAAUCCCUAAUUUGGAGACUCACUAAAAUUUCCACUUGUAGGGUGGGUAUUCACGGAAAAAAUGUAAUUCCGAGUUGUUUUAUACAGCAAGUCUGUUCCUGCUGGGAAGGGUAAACUACACAAUGCAUGUUUUGUAAAUGAUCACACUGAACAUUAUUACUGGGCAAGCCUGUUAUUGAAUCUUAUUUUCAUGGUUGUUUUUGAUGUUUUCAUUCACAGGCCCUACUCUGUUGUUCCUUUGUUUACAAGAUUUUAGUUUUAUCCCUGUAACAUAUGUGUGCUUUUAAACUUUUAUUUUAUCAAUGCAAAUGUAAGCUCUUGUCACAUUUUAACAGUUAACAGUUGGUUAGUAGGGUAAAAGUUAUGUGUUAUAAAAACAAAGUAGUGGGCCAUGGCAUAAAUUAUAUGUAUACUAGUCUAUAAUAACUAUAGAUCAUUUACAUAGAAGACAGAAAAAUAUCAUUAGUAUUGUUACAUGUUGUCUAAGGUUGAAGAAAUGUUACUGGUAGAUAAACACUAAGACAUGGACAGAUCAAGCCUGGCUUUCCUAUCAUAGGGUAAAUUUCCUCUGAGGUCAAAUAAAGAUUGAAUCACCAAACAAUGUAUUCAGGGUACAUUACAGUAACUGAGGAACAUACUGUCACUCUCUAAUAUUACUUUUCCAUAUUCUUAGACUAAGGAGCCUCGAAGAGAGGAAGGUUUUUUUUGUUGUUGUUCUUAGUUUUGUUUUUCUUUUUGUUUUGUUUUGUUUUUAUUGAAUCUUUUCUGUGUUUUGAUAAAAUGCACUUUUAUGGAACCAAAAACAGGAAAGGUUUCCAUCUGCAACUUUUAUUUCAUUCCACUCUCUAGCAUAUUUUAUUACAAGGUGUGAUAUUUUGCCAAACUGAGUACAUAUUAAGUAAUGAUAUUACUGUUGUUUGACUUGGUGACUGAGUUUGACUGCUAUAGACAGACGGAGAUAAUUCUGGAUAACUUAGAACAGGGCCUAUCUGCUGUAAAUCACUGUAAAUAUUGGCAACACCUUAUUCUCACACGAUAAUCAUUAACUCUUGAUAAGCAAGACAAAAUUUUCAAGUUUGUGGUUGUUGCUCUAUAUUAUCUUAAGGAAUACUAUUUUAUGUGAGAAUUAAAUUUUUAUGAGCACAAUUUCUCAUGCAAUUAUGCAAAAAUUAAGUUAUAAUUAGAUGCACCUAUAAAAAGUGAUUUACAGUAUACAUUGUAUACCCAAACAAUAUGUCUGUUAUAACAAGUUGACAAAAAGUUAAUUGUGCUUCAAAUGCAAAUUCCUGAGAGUGAAACUUCCUGAUUUACGUGUUUGUUGAACACCUUUUUAAAGGCUUAUUUAAUCUUGCAAGAUAAUUGUGUCAAUGAUACUUGAUUUCUUACUACACAAAAAUUAAAUUAAAAUGCAUAAUAAAAUGUUUACUACAGCAGUAUAUUCAAAAUGGUUUAGUGAUUAAAUGCCAGUGUGUUGUUUUUGCAUAAUAAAAAGUCAAUCAUUG